GGUUUGGCGUGACGCUCCCGCGCGGCCAUAGUGCAGCACGCGCCGCUGUCACAGCCUGUAGUCUUCUUCCUGCGUGCGGGGUGCGUACGGCGCGCGCGCGGCGUUCUGUUCCACAGCUUCGGCUCCCGGGUUCCGUUCUGACGUCAUGCCUACAGCCAGUGAGAAUGCCCUGUUCGGGAUGGGUAACCCCCUGCUGGACAUCUCCGCCGUGGUGGACAAAGACUUUCUGGACAAGUAUGGCCUGAAGCCCAAUGAUCAGAUCCUGGCAGAGGAGAAGCACAAAGCGCUGUUUGAUGAGCUUGUGAAAAAGAGUAAAGUGGAGUACCAUGCAGGCGGCUCGACACAGAACUCGGUUAAAAUUGCCCAGUGGAUGAUCCAGAAGCCCCACAAGGUGGCGACGUUUUUCGGCUGUAUCGGUAAAGACCACUUUGGAGAGAUCCUGAAGCAGAAAGCGGCUGAAGCUCACGUGGACGCGCAUUACUACGAGCAGAGCGAGCAGCCGACGGGAACCUGCGCAGCCUGCAUCACCGGGGACAACAGGUCUCUAGUUGCUAACUUGGCAGCUGCUAACUGUUACAAUAAGGAGAAACAUCUGGAUCUGGAGAAUAACUGGAACCUGGUGGAGAAAGCAAGAGUCUUCUAUAUCGCUGGUUUCUUCCUGACCGUGUCCCCUGAGUCGGUACUGAAGGUGGCCAAACACGCCAGUGACCACAACAAGAUCUUCGGUCUGAACCUCUCCGCUCCCUUCAUCAGUCAGUUCUUUAAAGAGCCUCUGAUGAACGUUCUGCCCUACGUCGACAUCCUGUUCGGCAACGAGACGGAAGCAGCGACGUUUGCAAAGGAGCAGGGAAUAGAGACAGACGAUAUAGAAGAGAUUGCGCGCAGGGUUCAGCUCCUCCCCAAAGUGAACAAGAACAGAAAGAGGAUCGUGGUGUUCACUCAGGGGCCGGACGACACCGUCGCCACCGUGGGUGAGAAGGUGACCCGGUUCCCCGUGUUGGACAUCGAUCAGAAUGACAUCGUGGACACUAACGGAGCAGGAGACGCUUUUGUAGGAGGGUUCCUCUCGGAGCUGGUUCAGGAGAAAUCUCUGGAGCAGUGUAUCCAGGCCGGUCACUACGCCGCUAACGUCAUCAUCCGACGCUCCGGGUGCACUUUCCCUGAGAAACCAAACUUCUAUUAACUCUCUCUCUCUCUCUGUCUCUCUCUCUCUCUUCACCUUCUUUCUCCUAAAUCUUAAGCCACAUGACUGGCGUGCCUCUACCUUUGUUUACACUUCCUCCAGGGCAGUCUUAAACAAACCCCCCAAAACACUAUACUGACUUGAUCUUUCCCGGUUGAUAGCGGUACAGACGUCUGCACUUCCCCAGCCGUAUCGGCGUCAGGAAGUGAUGCGUGAUCUCGCUCAGAUCUUACACUCGUGCAGGUCUUACAGGAGGAGUCCAAGAUGAACAGAUAUUUUUUUAUAAGGUCCAAAAGAGACGAAGCAGCUGUGGUGAUCCAAACCUCUGGACGUGAUGCCGUCAGGCGUCCUCGGGUCUCGGGUGUAACUUUAUUUAACUGGAGUGUUUUUAAAGUCUUCGUCGUUAGCUUAGCCGUGUUUCUUUGUUUCUUGCAGGCAAUCAAAACUAAAAAAAAAAAAGCGCACAAAUGGAAAUUAUGCAUAAUGUAUAUGUUACACUCAUAUAUGUGUAUAUAUAAACACACACACACACACACACACACACACAC